CCUCAGCCUCAGUUAGUCACCGCCCACAAAGUUACUCAGCCAGGUGACAGCUGAGCCAGCGGGGAAUCAACACGGCUGCACUCCACGCAACGUGACAGAUAUCGAUAUCUGACAGCGCCAAAUCAAAGUGGAGCACACGCAGAGUUUCUCAGCUGUUGUAUUUACUUUCGCUUUGUUACACAUCGGUCAUUUUUAAAGCCCGUCGUUAGAGUAGCUCCGGUUAGCAACGCGAGGAUAUUAUUAACGUUAGCGUGUGACGUUACUGACCGGAGAAGGCUCAGCGGCUGUUUGUGUCCGUGAGCAGGUUAACACCGUCACACACCGACCGAGACACAGACAGGCAGGCAGGCAACAUGUCAGACCCGGCCCUGGAUGCGAAGCUGGAGGUGAAGCAGGCGAGCAAAGAGGUGAAGGAGAGCGAGAACGUGGCGGAGAAAUACUCAGCCAUGACCGUGAGCAAGAACAGCGAAAUGAACAUGGGAGAGCUGUCGUCCGCCUUCAGCGCCGUGCCCACACACAAACCAGUGAAGAAGCAAAUCCAGUUUGUGGAGGACAAGCAGGAGUUCAGCAGGUUCCCCACGAAGACAGGCCGCCGCUCCCUGUCCCGCUCCAUCUCUCAGUCAUCUACAGACAGCUACAGCUCCGCUGCAUCCUACACGGAUAGCUCUGACGACGAGACCUCACCACGGGACAAAACUCAGGUCAACUCCAAGGGCAGCACCGACUUCUGUGUCAAGAACAUCAAACAGGCUGAAUUUGGCAGACGUGAGAUUGAGAUUGCAGAACAAGAUAUGUCUGCACUGAUCUCGCUCAGGAAGAGAGCACAGAGUGAGAAACCAUUGGCAGGUGCCAAAAUUGUGGGCUGCACUCACAUCACUGCCCAGACUGCAGUGCUGAUCGAGACUCUGGUGGCUCUCGGGGCUCAGUGCCGCUGGACUGCAUGUAACAUAUACUCUACACAGAACGAGGUGGCUGCUGCUCUGUCAGAGACCGGUGUGGCUGUGUUCGCCUGGAAAGGGGAAUCAGAGGAUGAUUUCUGGUGGUGUAUCGACCGCUGUGUCAACACAGAGGGUUGGCAGCCUAACAUGAUCCUUGAUGACGGCGGAGACUUGACACACUGGAUGUACAAGAAAUACCCCAAUGUAUUCAAGAAGAUCAGAGGCAUUGUAGAGGAGAGUGUCACUGGGGUUCACAGGUUGUAUCAGCUGUCUAAGGCUGGAAAACUGUGUGUGCCUGCCAUGAACGUCAAUGACUCUGUGACAAAGCAGAAGUUUGACAAUCUGUACUGCUGCAGAGAGUCAAUCCUGGACGGCUUGAAGAGAACCACAGAUGUCAUGUUCGGAGGCAAACAGGUGGUCGUAUGUGGGUACGGUGAGGUCGGAAAAGGUUGCUGUGCUGCUCUGAAAGCUCUGGGAAGCAUUGUUUAUGUCACAGAGAUUGAUCCCAUCUGUGGGCUGCAGGCCUGUAUGGACGGAUUCAGGGUGGUCAAGUUGAAUGAGAUCAUUCGCCAGGUCGAUGUCAUAAUCACGUGCACUGGGAAUAAGAAUGUGGUGACCAGAGACCAGCUGGACCGGAUGAAAAAUGGCUCUAUUGUCUGCAACAUGGGCCACUCCAACACUGAGAUCGAUGUGGCAAGUCUUCGGACCCCUGAGCUAACCUGGGAGAGAGUGCGUUCUCAGGUGGAUCACGUGAUUUGGCCUGAUGGGAAGAGGGUUAUCCUUCUAGCUGAGGGACGUCUCCUUAACCUCAGCUGCUCCACUGUCCCUACCUUCGUCUUGUCCAUCACAGCCACCACUCAGGCCCUGGCGCUCAUAGAGUUGUACAAUGCUCCCGAGGGACGUUACAAGCAAGAUGUUUACUUGCUUCCCAAGAAGAUGGAUGAAUAUGUGGCCAGUCUGCAUCUGGCCACGUUUGAUGCCCACCUCACAGAGCUUACUGAUGAGCAGGCAAAAUACCUGGGCCUGAACAAGAACGGGCCUUUCAAACCAAACUACUACAGGUAUUAGUCUGCAGGGGAACCACACCUCAGCACAAGAAAACGUUGAUGGUACCCAACAUCAUCCAUCCCUAAGACGAAAGAAAGAUUUAUGUAUAUUGUAUUUUAUACUCUUAACAGGAUGCACAGCUUAUAUUUACUUGUAUUAUACUGGCCACAGCAAGUUUCUCUCCUCUUGCUGCUUCUUGCAGAAAUGCAAAUGUCACUCAGUUGGCUCCAUAUCUGCUGGUUAGUGAGAUUUUUCUGGUUCCAUCUGUUUCCAUACCCACUGGCUCCCUGCUCAUUUUAGAGUGCUGGUAGAUAUUGAAUCAUAUAUCAAUACAAUUGUGCCAAAUGACUGUGACUGAGAAGGGUUGCAGUUGUUGCGAAAUGUAAAUGGCUAGUUGCGAAAACCUGCACUAAGUAAGUAGUCUGAGAUGAGCAUUGUUCAUCCAUGUGAGGCUGAAGGGUCACUUCAAAUUCCAACCCACAAAACUACUACGAAGCUACUUUUAGCUCCUUGUUUUGGUUCUCUCAUCGACCUCCUGUAUAAGAGCCAUUGUCAGAGAAAAAGAAAGUCGCCCUCCAACUUUUUCCUCAGGACUAGGUGGACAAAAAUAUCGGACUAUCAGGUGACCAGAAACGUGACUACAAUCAGACGUCACUUUGUGUCUGCUGGAUGUUUUAUAGUAGGCAAAUGUUUGCUUACAAAUGAGCCAUAACAACUUGAUAAUCUGGUUGUAAAUCAGGGCUGUGUUUCUGUGCGUUUGUUUCUGCUCUCCACCGGUCAGAAAUCGUCGCUUGAUGCAGCUUUAAAGUUUUCUUUCUGCUUUGACGCGAAAGCACUCACUCACUUCAUACAUUCCAUCCACACGAUGCAGAGGAAAUGUUCUCCAUACGUAUCAUCCACUUUUUUACUGCUAGCCUUCAGCAGAUCUCGGCAAUGGAGGAACUUUUUGACUAUAGCAAACAUGAGAAGGGAGCUUUGUGUUUAUUUUCUUGGAAGGACGUGUCCUUUUUAUGAGGUUUUGGUGUCUGGUAAGAAUGGUAUCUGCACCUCAGGGCAUUCAAAUAUCUCAGUUGUGAAUAUAUUUUUUACCAGAUCAGCUCUGUCUUUCACCGUAGAAUCCGUAGUCUCAGUGUCAUUCUCAUGAAAUUAUCUACAGUAGAACUGUAAAAUAGCUUUAGAGAUUUUGAUACUUUGUGAUCAAAAUCAUCUGCAAGUCAUCUGCAGCCGUGUAUAUUCUAAACAGUGUUGCAUACAAUGUGUUCGUGCUGUAUAUGAAACAGCCUCUGAUCUCAUAACACUUAUUGCUGAACAUUGAGUGAAAUUUAUUGUUAGAUUUGUCACAGGACUCUUGACUCCUGUGUGAACUAGAUGAUGUCUGUUUUUCUAUUGACGAUUUUAACAACAGAAACUUAAACUUAAUAUCCAAAUGCUCUGGGCCUGAACACGAAUACGCUUUUUUUUUUUUGUCAGCACAUUAGACGGAUGUGUUAGCUUCACCUUAUCCUGUGGUAUUACACCAUUAUUAUAGCUAUUGUAAAAACACAGGUUUUAAUUGUUUAGAAGGCUUAAGCACUGUUUUGUGGGGCUUGUUAAACGCACAGACUUAUGACACCUUAACUCCUCUAUAUUCACUUUUUAAAUUUGUGGCAGCGUUGGGUUGUGUUCUUCUCCUUUUAGUUUAAAUUAUGUAUAUAUAGUGCAGGGAGUAGUUGUGUCUUGCUGAAUUUAAAUCUCUUCAACAUGUCAUCAUGCUGUAUUUCACCCUGGCGAUCUAUAAGCUGAUUUUACUCCAAACAGUUGACAGUAUUACUGUCCCUGCCGACAGUUCUUCAUCUUGUUAGGUGCCGCACGUGUAUUUACUGUGGCAUCAUUCCUCACAAACCUUCAAUUUAAUCUGCAGAAUAAUCAGCUGUUUCUUUCAGUUUGUCACUUAAAGGUCCAGUGUGUAGGAUUUAGUGGCAUCUAGCGUUGAAGAUGCCGACUGCAGUCAACUGAAUACUACUCGCCUCUCACGCUCUUUUCUAAGUGUGUAGGGGAAACGACGGGUGGCCACAAAACUCACGAAAGGCCCUUUCUAGUAAUAAUAAUAAUAAUAAUAAUAAUAACAAUAAUAAUAAUAAUAAUACAUUUUAUUUCAUAGGCGCCUUUCUGUCACCCAAGGACACCUUACAAUAAAUAAAAGUAGACAGCAGAUAACAAAAACAAACAAAAAGAACCAUAAAAGUAUAUUACAAAUUACAUGAAUACACCAUUAAAAACUCUAGAGCUAGUGUUUGUUGUGUCCAUUCUGGUACUCUUUCUAAAGUAACAAAAACACAAUUAAUCUUAUUUUCAGGUGAUUAUACACUAAUGAAAACAUAAUUAUUGAUAUUACAUUCAUAUCUGCCAAUGUAUCCCCUUACAUCUUACACACUGGACCUUUUAAUCCUGCUGUUUAAUUGUAUAGUAUCCGACGUUAUGCUACGAUGAAGUGCUUUCAUCUUCGCACUAGCAGCUCUACGGACAUCAGAGCCAAGGACAUUCAGCGAGGACAUCGUUGUCGGCGAAGAUGAGCACUGUAACCAUGGUUACUGGUCAGUUGACAGUGCCUUGUGACUCACAGUAUUCAUAUUCACACGUUUCUCAGUAUUGUAACGCCCAACAUGGUUGCUAUUCUGCAAAAUGAGCUAUGCAGCGAAAUGUUCUCUCUUCUGUCAAAAGUAUUUGACCUCUGCUGUGGUGGAGAGUUGUUAAAUCAGUUUUUCACAUCAUUAAUAUUAUGCAUUACUGUAAGAUGACUAAGAAUUUUAGACACAGGCAACAUUUUACAUCCUGUACUUGCCGUAUGAACUUUUUACAUUGGUUUUAGUGUAUGUACAGUGUUUCAUCCCAGUUUUAAUUCUUGUACCAAUCAAAUGUCUAAAUUAUGUACUGUGGUCUUUUCAUAAUAGCACUUGAAAAUGCCUUUUAUAACAAAUUUCUGUUGUUUCAACUAAUAAUAAGUAAUUUUACCCUCGUUAUAACUCUAUUAUAGAGACAAAUGAAUGUUGUAUUACCGGAGCAGACAGCUUGACUCUUGUCAAAUUGCAAUAAAAGAAGCAUACCACUGUGAUUUGACAGUUGUACACUCUUGCUGGUUUAAAGUUUUUGAUGUGAAGACAAAAUUCUUUAAGUUCUAUUUUAGUUAUAAAGUAGGCCUCUAUUUUCAGCACUGUAUCUGUAGUUUAGUUUGAAGAUUUCAGCAGUACACACCUUAUUAAAUUUCUGCACUGUUCCCUUUAAUAAAACUGCUGUUUGAAUUUG